CGCUGCUCUCUCAGGAAGACAUGAAAAUAGCAUAAGUCUAAGCGAGGAAAAGUAUUGGACUGAAAAAAACCCCCAAAGAAAACCGAAAUGAUUUGGUAGUUGUAUGCGAGCCAGUGGUUUCUUCCAGAUCAAGUAGCUGCCUUGGGAUUUAAUUUGAAAGGUGUUAUGGCAGCUGCGUUCCCCUACAGAGGGGUUCCUGGGGGGAUGCCUCCAGGAAUAACGCCCCCAGCUCAAGUCCCAGAUUAUAUGAGUGAGGAAAAACUUCAAGAGAAAGCAAGAAAAUGGCAGCAGUUGCAGGCCAAACGCUACUCGGAGAAAAGAAAGUUUGGCUUUGUGGAUGCUCAGAAGGAGGACAUGCCACCUGAGCAUGUCCGCAAGAUCAUCAGGGACCAUGGGGACAUGACCAACAGGAAAUUUCGCCAUGACAAGAGGGUCUAUCUUGGUGCGUUGAAGUAUAUGCCACAUGCAGUACUAAAGCUGCUGGAGAACAUGCCCAUGCCCUGGGAGCAGAUUAGAGAUGUACCUGUACUCUACCACAUCACUGGAGCCAUCUCUUUCGUCAAUGAAAUCCCCUGGGUCAUAGAGCCUGUCUAUAUCGCACAGUGGGGUGCCAUGUGGAUCAUGAUGCGUCGUGAGAAGCGUGAUCGCCGACACUUCAAGCGUAUGCGAUUCCCACCAUUUGACGAUGAGGAGCCGCCACUGGACUAUGCUGACAACAUACUUGAUGUGGAGCCCUUGGAAGCCAUUCAGAUGGAACUGGAUCCUGAGGAGGAUGCCUCUGUUGUAGACUGGUUCUAUGAGCACCAGCCCCUCAAAGACACCACCAAGUAUGUGAAUGGCACCACCUACCGUCGAUGGCAGUUCACCCUGCCAAUGAUGUCAACCCUCUAUCGUCUGGCCAACCAGCUGCUGACUGACCUGGUUGACUACAAUUACUUCUACCUGUUUGACCUGAAGGCCUUCUUCACCUCCAAGGCCCUAAACAUGGCCAUCCCUGGAGGACCCAAGUUUGAGCCCCUGGUCAGGGACAUCAACCUCCAGGAUGAAGACUGGAAUGAGUUUAAUGACAUCAACAAGAUUAUCAUCAGACAACCUAUCAGGACGGAAUACAAAAUUGCCUUCCCCUACCUGUAUAACAACCUGCCACACCAUGUCCAUCUCACCUGGUACCACACCCCCAAUGUGGUUUUUAUCAAGACAGAGGAUCCAGAUCUCCCGGCAUUCUACUUUGACCCUCUAAUCAAUCCAAUUUCCCAUAGACACUCUGUUAAGAGUCAGGAGCCUCUGCCAGAUGAUGAUGAGGAGUUUGAGCUGCCGGAGUAUGUGGAGCCCUUUCUGAAGGAAACGCCUCUCUACACAGACAACACAGCCAAUGGUAUUGCUCUGCUAUGGGCACCCAGGCCCUUCAACUUGCGCUCUGGGCGGACCAGGCGUGCCAUUGACAUCCCCCUCAUUAAGAACUGGUACCGUGAGCACUGUCCAGCAGGCCAGCCUGUGAAAGUGCGUGUGUCCUACCAGAAACUGUUGAAGUACUAUGUGCUGAAUGCUCUCAAACACAGACCACCCAAGGCUCAGAAGAAGAGGUACCUUUUCCGCUCCUUCAAGGCCACCAAGUUCUUUCAGUCCACCAAGCUAGAUUGGGUUGAGGUUGGCUUACAGGUGUGCCGGCAAGGGUACAAUAUGUUGAAUCUUCUUAUCCACCGCAAGAACCUCAACUACCUGCAUCUUGACUACAACUUCAACCUCAAGCCCGUAAAGACGCUCACCACAAAGGAACGUAAGAAGUCCAGAUUCGGCAAUGCCUUCCAUCUCUGCAGGGAAGUGCUGCGUCUCAGCAAGCUGGUGGUGGACAGCCAUGUUCAGUACAGACUGGGAAAUGUUGAUGCAUUCCAGUUGGCUGAUGGGCUUCAGUACAUUUUUGCCCAUGUGGGCCAGCUGACAGGCAUGUACCGGUACAAGUACAAACUGAUGAGACAAAUCCGGAUGUGCAAGGAUCUCAAGCAUCUCAUUUACUACCGCUUCAAUACUGGUCCUGUUGGCAAGGGUCCAGGUUGUGGCUUCUGGGCUCCUGGCUGGAGGGUGUGGCUGUUCUUCAUGAGGGGCAUCACCCCAUUGCUGGAGAGGUGGUUGGGUAACCUGCUUGCCAGACAGUUUGAAGGGCGUCACUCCAAGGGUGUGGCCAAGACUGUCACCAAGCAGCGUGUCGAGUCUCACUUUGACCUGGAACUACGUGCUGCAGUGAUGCAUGACAUCCUGGACAUGAUGCCUGAAGGCAUCAAGCAGAAUAAGGCCAGAACCAUCCUGCAACACCUCAGCGAGUCCUGGAGAUGCUGGAAGGCCAACAUCCCUUGGAAAGUGCCAGGUCUGCCCACUCCCAUAGAGAAUAUGAUUCUACGUUAUGUGAAGGCCAAGGCUGACUGGUGGACUAACACUGCUCACUACAACCGUGAGCGAAUCCGCCGUGGAGCCACUGUGGACAAGACUGUGUGCAAGAAGAACCUUGGGAGACUGACUCGUCUCUACCUGAAGGCUGAGCAGGAGAGACAGCAUAACUACCUGAAGGAUGGUCCUUACAUUACAGCUGAAGAGGCAGUGGCCAUCUACACCACCACAGUACACUGGCUUGAAAGCCGACGCUUUUCACCAAUCCCAUUCCCCCCACUUUCCUACAAACAUGACACCAAGCUUCUCAUCCUGGCCCUCGAAAGGCUAAAGGAAGCGUACAGUGUGAAGUCUCGUCUGAACCAGUCUCAGAGGGAGGAACUGGGUCUGAUAGAGCAGGCGUAUGACAACCCCCAUGAAGCCCUGUCCAGGAUCAAGCGUCACUUGCUAACCCAGAGAGCCUUUAAAGAGGUGGGUAUUGAAUUCAUGGACCUGUACAGCCACUUGGUGCCAGUCUAUGAUGUGGAGCCCCUGGAGAAGAUCACUGAUGCUUACCUUGACCAAUAUCUGUGGUAUGAAGCAGAUAAGAGACGCCUCUUUCCACCUUGGAUCAAACCUGCAGACACAGAGCCUCCGCCACUUUUGGUGUACAAGUGGUGCCAAGGGAUUAACAAUUUGCAGGACGUUUGGGACACCACAGAAGGUGAAUGCAAUGUGAUGCUGGAGUCCCGCUACGAGAAGAUGUACGAGAAGAUUGACUUGACCCUGCUGAAUAGGCUGCUGCGUCUCAUUGUGGAUCACAACAUUGCUGAUUAUAUGACAGCCAAGAACAAUGUUGUUAUUAACUACAAGGACAUGAACCACACCAACUCUUAUGGUAUCAUUAGGGGGCUCCAGUUUGCCUCAUUUAUUGUACAGUAUUAUGGCCUGGUGAUGGACCUGCUGGUGCUUGGUCUGCACCGUGCUAGUGAGAUGGCUGGCCCACCCCAAAUGCCGAAUGACUUCCUCAGUUUCCAGGACACAGUCACAGAGAGUGCCCAUCCAAUCCGUCUCUACUGCCGCUACAUAGACCGCAUUCACAUCUUUUUCAGGUUUUCAGCUGAUGAAGCCAGAGACUUGAUUCAGAGGUACCUGACAGAGCACCCAGACCCCAACAAUGAGAACAUUGUGGGAUACAACAACAAGAAGUGCUGGCCCCGUGAUGCUCGUAUGAGACUAAUGAAGCACGAUGUCAACCUUGGUCGUGCAGUUUUCUGGGACAUCAAGAACCGGCUGCCUCGGUCAGUGACCACUAUCCAGUGGGAGAACAGCUUUGUGUCAGUCUACAGCAAAGACAACCCCAAUCUGCUCUUUAACAUGUGUGGCUUUGAGUGUCGCAUCCUUCCCAAAUGCCGCACCAGCUAUGAGGAGUUUACCCACAAAGAUGGUGUUUGGAACCUGCAGAAUGAGGUAACCAAAGAGAGAACAGCACAGUGUUUCCUGCGAGUGGAUGAUGAAUCCAUGCAGCGCUUUCACAAUAGAGUGCGUCAGAUCCUCAUGGCCUCUGGGUCUACCACAUUCACCAAGAUUGUGAACAAAUGGAACACAGCGCUUAUUGGCCUCAUGACAUACUUCCGUGAAGCAGUGGUCAACACUCAGGAGCUACUUGACCUACUGGUCAAGUGUGAGAACAAGAUUCAAACUCGUAUCAAAAUCGGUCUCAACUCCAAAAUGCCCAGUCGAUUCCCACCUGUGGUGUUCUACACUCCCAAGGAACUGGGUGGCCUAGGCAUGCUUUCCAUGGGCCAUGUGCUCAUCCCACAAUCUGACUUGAGGUGGUCCAAACAGACUGAUGUGGGCAUCACUCACUUCCGGUCAGGAAUGAGCCAUGAAGAGGACCAGCUGAUCCCCAACUUAUAUCGCUACAUCCAGCCCUGGGAGAGUGAAUUCAUUGACUCUCAGAGGGUUUGGGCUGAGUAUGCCCUCAAAAGGCAGGAGGCCAUUGCUCAGAACAGGCGUUUGACCCUGGAAGACUUGGAGGACUCCUGGGACAGAGGAAUCCCACGUAUCAACACCCUCUUCCAGAAGGACCGACAUACUCUGGCUUACGACAAGGGCUGGAGAGUCAGGACUGACUUCAAACAGUACCAGGUGCUGAAGCAGAACCCAUUCUGGUGGACUCACCAGCGACAUGAUGGCAAGCUGUGGAACCUCAACAAUUACCGCACUGACAUGAUCCAAGCCCUGGGUGGUGUGGAGGGCAUUUUGGAGCACACCCUCUUCAAAGGCACUUAUUUCCCCACCUGGGAGGGUCUCUUCUGGGAGAAGGCCAGUGGUUUUGAGGAGUCUAUGAAAUGGAAGAAGCUGACUAAUGCCCAGAGGUCUGGUCUUAACCAGAUCCCAAACCGUCGCUUCACUCUUUGGUGGUCACCCACCAUCAACAGAGCCAAUGUGUAUGUUGGUUUCCAGGUGCAGCUUGACCUGACAGGAAUCUUUAUGCAUGGCAAGAUCCCCACACUGAAGAUCUCCCUCAUUCAGAUCUUUAGGGCUCACCUGUGGCAGAAGAUCCACGAAAGCAUCGUCAUGGAUCUUUGUCAGGUGUUUGACCAGGAGCUUGAUGCCCUUGAGAUUGAAACUGUGCAGAAAGAGACCAUCCACCCCAGGAAGUCCUACAAGAUGAAUUCUUCCUGUGCUGAUAUCCUCCUCUUCGCUUCCUACAAGUGGAAUGUCUCCCGACCCUCACUGCUCGCUGACUCCAAGGAUGUGAUGGACAGCACCACUACACAGAAGUACUGGAUCGACAUACAGCUGCGCUGGGGUGACUAUGACUCGCAUGACAUUGAACGUUAUGCCAGGGCCAAGUUCUUGGACUACACCACAGACAACAUGAGCAUCUACCCCUCCCCCACUGGGGUGCUCAUUGCCAUUGACUUGGCUUACAACCUCCACAGUGCCUAUGGUAACUGGUUCCCAGGAAGCAAGCCGCUGAUCCAGCAGGCCAUGGCCAAGAUCAUGAAGGCCAACCCCGCUUUGUAUGUGCUGAGGGAGCGCAUCCGCAAAGGUCUCCAGCUGUACUCUUCAGAGCCCACUGAGCCCUACCUGUCCUCACAAAACUACGGUGAACUCUUCUCCAACCAGAUCAUCUGGUUUGUAGAUGACACGAAUGUCUACCGAGUCACCAUCCACAAGACAUUUGAGGGUAACUUGACCACGAAGCCCAUCAACGGGGCUAUAUUCAUUUUCAACCCCAGAACUGGUCAGCUCUUCCUCAAGAUUAUCCAUACCUCCGUGUGGGCUGGGCAGAAACGUCUAGGACAGCUGGCCAAGUGGAAGACGGCAGAAGAAGUGGCUGCCCUGAUCCGUUCCCUCCCUGUGGAAGAACAGCCCAAACAGAUCAUUGUGACAAGAAAGGGUAUGCUGGACCCUCUUGAGGUCCACUUGUUGGACUUCCCCAACAUUGUGAUCAAGGGGUCUGAGCUGCAGCUGCCCUUUCAGGCCUGUCUGAAGGUGGAGAAGUUUGGAGACCUUAUUUUGAAGGCCACAGAACCCCAGAUGGUGCUCUUCAACCUUUAUGAUGACUGGCUCAAGACAAUCUCCUCAUACACAGCCUUCUCCCGUCUCAUCUUGAUCCUCAGAGCGCUCCACGUCAACAAUGACCGCGCAAAAGUGAUCCUUAAACCUGACAAGACCACUGUCACAGAGCCCCACCACAUCUGGCCCACCCUCACUGAUGAGGAGUGGAUUAAGGUGGAGGUGCAGCUCAAAGAUCUCAUUCUGGCUGAUUAUGGCAAAAAGAACAAUGUGAACGUGGCUUCCCUGACCCAGUCAGAGAUCCGUGACAUUAUCCUAGGUAUGGAAAUCUCUGCUCCCUCGCAACAGCGUCAGCAGAUUGCUGAGAUUGAGAAGCAGACUAAGGAGCAGUCACAGCUAACCGCCACCCAGACCCGCACAGUGAACAAGCACGGUGAUGAGAUUAUCACCUCCACCACCUCCAACUAUGAGACUCAGACCUUCUCCUCCAAGACUGAGUGGAGGGUCAGGGCCAUAUCUGCUGCCAACCUCCAUCUUAGAACCAACCACAUCUAUGUGUCAUCAGAUGACAUCAAGGAGACAGGCUACACCUACAUUUUGCCCAAGAAUGUCCUGAAAAAAUUUAUUUGCAUCUCAGAUCUGCGAGCACAGAUUGCAGGUUAUUUGUAUGGGACUAGUCCUCCCGACAACCCCCAGGUGAAGGAAAUCCGUUGCAUUGUCAUGGUUCCCCAGUGGGGGACACACCAGACUGUUCACUUGCCCAACCAGCUCCCUGGACAUGAAUACCUUAAAGAAAUGGAGCCUCUUGGUUGGAUCCACACUCAACCGAACGAGUCACCCCAGCUUUCUCCCCAGGACGUCACAACCCAUGCCAAAAUCAUGGCUGAUAACCCUGCCUGGGAUGGAGAGAAAACCAUCAUUAUCACGUGCAGCUUCACCCCUGGCUCGUGUACACUGACAGCCUACAAGCUGACACCCAGUGGUUAUGAGUGGGGUCGACAGAACACAGACAAGGGCAACAACCCCAAAGGCUACUUGCCAUCCCACUAUGAGAGGGUGCAAAUGCUGUUGUCUGACCGCUUCCUGGGCUUUUUCAUGGUGCCUGGCCAGGUGUCCUGGAACUACAACUUCAUGGGUGUGCGCCAUGACCCCAACAUGAAAUAUGACCUGCAGCUGUCCAACCCCAAGGAGUUCUACCAUGAGGUCCACCGGCCCUCACACUUUCUCAACUUUGCCUCGUUGCAGGAGGGUGAGAUCUACAAUGCUGACCGUGAGGACAUGUACGCCUGAGAAAGCAGACAACUGUUUUCCCAUCACUCUGAUAGUUCAACCUGAGUCGCAUAAAGCCAGUCAGUUACUAAAUGGUGUUUGGAAAUGUCCAUAUAAACACUUGUAGUACUCUGCGUCUACCGUGGGAUGUUUUCUACAAGUUUUAUGUUCUGUUUUUUUAUCUCCCACUCCCCCCCCAUCAAUUUUUGCUUUCUCUAGCUUGUUUUCAAUCUGUCUCUUAUAUGAAAAUGCAUUUAUUUAGAUUGUUUCAUGGCUUCUUGUGCAACCUGUCAUAUGUGCAUUUUUGUGUAGUUUUAUGAACCAUUAAAGUGAACUAAUUUUUUCCAAGAUAAUAUGUUGUGCCCCAUUUUCUCAUAGAAAAACAAUUAUUUUUUUGUAGCUGAAGGUCUUUUUAAUCUGAAUAGUCAAUACCCUCCUACUUUAUCUUGUUACAUCGUGUUCACGUCAUUGUUUGAUUUGAAACACAACGUCCUAAGGACAGGAUGUUGUUUUGCUGUAAAGCUCCUUGAGGCAAAUUUGUAAUUUGUGAUAUUGGGCUAUACAAAUAAAAUUGACUUGAAA